AUGGACCCGUCACAGCUACCGCUCCCGCCCUCAGAGGCAGGGGGCACCCCCGGGUCAUCCCCCGUCCCGGGCGAAACCCAUGCUGAAUCGUCGACCCGUAAGAACUGGGUCUACUACGACGUGACUCCGCCUGCAGAGUCUCCCUCGGAGCCGCUCACCUCGUCCAUCUCCACCGGUGAAUUCCCCUCUUCUACCCUCGUGGCCGUCAUCGGUGUUGGCUAUGUGGGCGAGCAUCUCGUCGAUGUCUUCUCCCGCCGCUUCAACGUUCUCGGCUUCGACGUCUCCGAAGCCCGCAUCAAGGCCCUCGCCAGCAAGUACGCCGACAACUCCAAGGUCAGGAUCACCUCGAGCCCGGCUCGGCUCUCGGAGGCAACCCACUUCCUCAUCUCGGUUCCCACGCUGCUCCUGCCGGACAAGACUGUGGACACUUCGUACCUUCGGAGUGCCCUGGCCACUGUUGCCGAACACGCCCGCCCUGGUUCCACCGUCGUCUUCGAGAGCUCCGUUGCCGUCGGCAUGACCCGGCAACUUCUCGGUCCCCUCGCCCUGUCCCACCGCUGGUUCGCCGGUAUGUCGCCGGAGCGUGUCGAUCCCGGCCGCACCGAGCCCGCCGCCCAUGAGAUUCCCAAGGUCAUCUCCGGCCUGGAUGACGUCGUCCCCGGUUCACUGGAUUCUAUAAAGAAGGUGUACUCGGCUGUCUUCAAUCAAGUUGUUCCCGUCCCCAAGCCUGAGGUAGCAGAGAUGACCAAGCUGUUCGAGAACUGUCAGCGAAUGGUCUGCAUCUCCUACGUCAACGAGAUGGCCAACGCCUGUGUCCCCUUCGGUAUCGACCCGUACGAGGUCUGUCGCGCCGCCGCCACGAAACCGUUUGGCUACAUGCCAUACACGCCCGGUCUCGGAGUUGGUGGUCACUGCAUCCCCGUCAACCCGUACUACCUGCUGUCGACGAGCGAGUUCCCUCUGCUCAAGGCAGCAUCGGAGGCGAUGUAUGCUCGGCCCGCGGAAAUCGGUCAGAAGGCCAUUGACCUUCUGUACGCUGACCGCUCCUCCUCGUCUGUUGUCCUUCCUCGGGUCCUCGUCGUUGGCAUGGGCUUCAAGCGCGGCCAGUCCCAUCUCGUCAACUCGCCGGGACUGGAGCUUGCCAAGAGCCUCGUCCUCUCGGAAAAGGUUGCUGUCUCCUUCGCGGACCCUCUUGUUACACAGGAGGCGAUCCCGCAGAUCACGCGCCUGGACGAGACCAACUGGACCGUGGAGUACCUGGAGCGGAACUUCGACAUGAUCAUCGUGUCGUUCAAGCAGGAGGGUCUUGACUUUGACCUUCUUGACCAGCUCAAGGACUCCGUGAAGGUUCAGAUGUGGUGCUCCUAA